AUGACGGAUUGCCUGAUGGAUGAGAAGGCCAAUGUAUGCCCAGAAAGGCCCUAGAAGAAUUCAUGUAAUAAUUGAAUAUUAGACCUUUUGAAUGAUGGAGGGUGGGGCUAAGUACAAGGCACGAGGGCCCAAUCAUGACCAACCCAAAGGCGGACGUUACCAAAUAGAAUUAACGGAAAUAUUUUUAAAUCUUUUUCAAAUAUCAGAGAGAAUUUAAAUGUUUUCGAACCAAAAAUUAUGAUUAUGGUUAUUGUUCUAUAUUUUUUUCUUUUGACAACAAAGCCAUACACCCUCAAAGCCUAUUUUUCUUAACUACAAUAAAUUCAAAAAUUCACCAAACAUUUCGAAUAAUAUAUUUAUGCAGAUAUUAAUAAAAGCAUAAAACUUAAUAUAAGUAAUAGAAAAUCAAUCUUAAUUAAAAAAAAAAAAAGAAAAAAAUGAAUUGCAUUAAUAAAAAAGGCAAAUGUUUAUUUUGGUUUAUUGAGUCUCUAAAAGAUAUUGAUGUAGAAAUACUCAGUUUAAUAAUUCAAAUUUUAUAAAAAGAAAAAGUUUCAGACUCUCUAGGAUUUCUUUAAAAAUUUUCAUAUCAAGAACAUUAUAAUGAAUAUAACUUUGAAUUUGAGAAUUGUUAAACUUUCGAAAAGUGGUGGAGAAUAGAUGCUGUAAAAAAUAGCAUGAAAAUGAAUACUAAUAUUCUUCUAAAAUUAACUAAAUGUGAUUUUUUUUUAAACAAUUAUUCAUACCCUAUUUAUCAAGAAAUUAGAAAUGCUUUAAUUGUUAAGAUAUCAAAAGAGUAAAAAAUUAUCAAAUUUUUAAUAUUUUUAGUGCACCUCACGAGCAUAGAUGAUAGAUUCAUUUAAUGUGGAUCGAACUCACUUUAUUUAUUAGUUUAAUUAAAAGUUAAUUUGACAAACAAAAAUUUUUAAAACAUUAAGAUUAAACAUACAAAUUUAAUAGGAGCAGAACUGAUGAGAUGUAAUUUGAGUGGAUCUGAAUUUGAAAAUGUAGAUAUUACUGAUAUAAAUUUAAAUGGGGCCAUAUUAAUAAACUGUAGAUGGAAAAAUUUAAGAAUAAAUAAGCCAUCUUAUUUAAGUGGUCAUGCUGAAUAAGUUAAUUCAGUCUGCUUCUCUCCUGAUUGUGCUUCAUUAGCUUCAUGUAGUAAUGAUAACUCCAUUUGCUUGUGGGACUUGAAAAAGCGAAAAAUACGUUCUAGAUUAUAGGGAAGGAGCAUGAGCAAAAGAGUCUGCUUUGCAAAUAAAUCUACCACAUUAGCAUCUUGCAAUGGGAAUUUUGUGGAUUUAUGGAAUCUUUAAACAGGGAAAAAAAUCUCUAAAUUAACCGGCCAUUCCAAAAAUAUAUAAUAAAUUUGCUUUUCUUCUAAUUAUGAAUUAUUAGCGUAUGGUGAUGAGGAUUCUACUAUAUAUUUAUGGGAUGUUAAAAGAGGAAAACUAAAUUCUAAGUUAGAUGGUUAAAUUAAUCAUCUUCAAUCAAUAUGCUUUUCUCCUGAUAGUACUAUGUUAGGAGCUGGUGGUGGAGGACUUUUUUAAAAAGGUAAGAAUUCUCUCCGUUUAUGGGAUCUUAGGACAGGAGAAUAAAAAGCCAAUUUAGAUGGCCAUUAUAGUGUAGUUUAUACAGUCUGCUUCUCUCCUGAUGGUAUUACAUUAGCUUUUGGUUGUAGAAAUAACUCUAUCCAUUUAUGGGAUGUUAAGACAGGAUAAUAUAAAGCCAAAUUAGAUGGUCAUUCAAAUGAAGUUAAUUCAAUUUGUUACUCUCCUGAUGGUACUACAUUAGCAUCUGGGAGUGGAGAUAAGUCAAUCCGUUUAUGGAAUGUUAAAACAGGAUAAUAAGUGGCAAAAUUUUAGGGCCAUGCUUCUGGUGUCUUGUCAGUCUGUUUCUCUCCUGAUGGUACUAAAUUAGCAUCUGGUAGCGAGGAUUUAACUAUCCGUUUAUGGGAUAUUUCAAAAGAAUAAUAGAAAGCCAAAUCCGAUGGCCACUUAUAUGCGGUUCAAUCAAUCUGCUUUUCUCCUGAUGGUGCUAUAUUAGCAUCUACUAAUAAUGAUCAGUACAUUUAUUUAUGGGAUGUUAAGACAGGAUGUUAAAAGGCCCAACUAGUUGGCCAUAGUAAUAUCGUGCGAUCUGUCUAUUUCUCUCCUGAUGGUAUGACAUUAGCAUCCUGUAGUGAUGAUAAUUCCAUACGUUUAUGGAAUGUUCAAACAGGAUAAUAAAAAACAAAAUUAGAUGGUCAUAAGAGGUUUGUCCAAUCAUUGUCUAUCUCUUCUGAUGGAAUUACAUUAGCAUCUGGUAGUGGAGAUUAAACUGUCCGUUUAUGGGAUAUUUCGACUGGAUAAGAGAAAGCCAAAUUAGAAGGUCACAAAUAUGUUGUUGAAUAUGUUUGUUUCUCUCCUGACGGCACUACUUUAGCAUCUGGAGGUUACGACGGUUCCUUCCUAUUAUGGAAUGUUAAGACAGGCCAAUAAAUUUUACCUUCUUAUUAAAGGUAUAACAGUCUUCUUUCCUAAUUGAAAGCUCCACUUGAAAUGAUGGCAUAGAAGCAAAAUAGUACGAAUUAUAUUUUAAUUAGUUAUCAAUAAUAAUAAAAUUCUUAGAAUUUCCAAAAAUCCUGGUUUUUAAGUCUAAGGAGCUCUAAUAUUGAAAGGAGAAUUUUUAAAUUAUUUAGGAGUAAAUUUACUUUCAUUAUUUAAAUCUAAAGGAAGUUGUAUUUUAAAAAGCAAAAUUUGA